AUUCAGUUAUGGUCCCAGGGUUUGUUUGCUAUUGCAUUAGCUAAAAUUUUGCUUUUCAGACAAGGUUUUGAGGAGAAAAAGCUCAAUGCAAUCUUUGCUCCUCUUCUCCUAAAAUUAAUGGUUUUCACAGUGUUAUCUUAAAACAGAUUCUGGAUUCUCUUAUCACUGAUUAUUGCAUAUGUACUCAUGUUUAUUUCAACUGUUUUUUGUUUUGAUGUGUUGGGUGACGUCUCACAUGAGAAUCUACCAUUGUAACAUCAACAGUCAGGGAGUGAUCUGUCUGGACAUCCUGAAGGACAACUGGAGCCCGGCACUCACCAUCUCCAAAGUGCUGCUGUCCAUCUGCUCUCUCCUCACAGACUGUAACCCUGCUGAUCCUCUGCUAGGAAGCAUCGACUCACAGUACCUGACCAACAGAGCAGAGCACAACAGGAUGGCCAAACAGAUACGCCACAGACUCUGACCUGCACCCAUUAAAGUACCUUUGUCCUGCUGUGCUGACCCCAUUACCCCGACCCCUUUUAUCAGCUGUCCUGAUGACGUGUGUGUGUGUGUGUAUGCAUUUAUUUAAAAU